CGCUCCGGGGGCGGGGCUGCAGGGGCCGGCUGUGCCCCGGCUGCCCGGCCCGCCCUCCUACCUGAGGGCCGGGGCCACCCCCGCGGCGCGCAUGGGGCAUGGAGGCGGCGGCCGGCGCGGGCCGCGGGGCGCCCCCUGGGCCCCCGAGAGCCGCCGCCGUCCCGUGCUUCGGCAUAUCGGUGGACCAGGACGACAUCCUCCCGGGCGCCCUGCGCCUCAUCCGGGAGCUGCGGCCGCGCUGGAAGCCCGAACGAGUCCUGACCAAGCGCUUCACUGACGGCAUCACCAACAAGCUGGUGGCGUGCUACGUGGAGGAGGACAUGCGGGACUGUGUGCUGGUCCGAGUCUACGGGGAGCGGACGGAGCUGCUGGUGGACCGUGAGAGUGAGGUCCGGAACUUCCAGCUGCUGCGGGCUCACGGCUGUGCCCCGAAACUCUACUGCACCUUCCAGAACGGUCUGUGCUAUGAAUACAUGAGGGGCGUGGCCCUGGGGCCAGAGCACAUCCGUGAGCCCCGGCUCUUCAGGCUGAUCGCCUUAGAAAUGGCCAAGAUUCACACCAUCCACGCCAACGGCAGCCUGCCUAAGCCCACCCUCUGGCACAAGAUGCACAAUUACUUCACCCUCGUGAAGAACGAGAUUAACCCCAGCCUGUCGGCGGACGUCCCUGAGGUCGGCGUGUUGGAGCAGGAGCUGGCCUGGCUGAAGGAGCACCUGCCCCCGCUGGACUCCCCGGUGGUGUUUUGUCACAACGACCUGCUCUGCAAAAACAUCAUCUACGACAGCAGCAAAGGUCAUGUGCGGUUCAUCGACUAUGAAUAUGCUGGCUACAACUACCAAGCUUUUGACAUUGGCAACCAUUUCAAUGAGUUUGCAGGUGUGAACGAGGUCGAUUACUCGCGGUACCCGGCGCGGGAGACCCAGCUGCAGUGGCUGCGCUACUACCUGCAGGCCCAGAAGGGGAUGGCUGUGACCCCCAGAGAGGUGGAGAGGCUCUACGUGCAAGUCAACAAGUUUGCUCUGGCGUCUCACUUCCUCUGGGCACUCUGGGCCCUCAUCCAGAACCAGUUCUCCACCAUCGACUUUGAUUUCCUCAGGUAUGCGGUGAUCCGAUUCAACCAGUAUUUCAAGGUGAAGCCUCAGGUGUCGGCCCUGGAGAUGCCAAAGUGACCACCCUUCCCAGCCCUCCCCUGUCUGCCUGGCCAGACCUGCUUGUUCUCCAGGGCCCAGCUCUGCUCUGGGGCCUGCUCCUUGGACAAGGUGGGCAAGGGGCCAGGGGGGUGUCCCUGAAGAACGCUCAGCCCCUGUUCCCAGCCCUGAGAAAUGCUUCUGGUGACCGUUUUUGUUUGGAGGGGCUGAUAGGACCCAGCUCUGGGGGUCCUCUCCACCUUGCCAGACCUGGUGACGGGGAGUGCCUGAAGCCAGGUGGGACUGGGACUGCAGCCGCCCUGGGAAGCCCAGCCUUCCCACCCUGGCCAUCCUGAGUCUGGGCUCAGACCUCAACCACCCUGGGACCUUCCCAUCCUGACCAUCCUGAGUCUGGGCUGGGACUCAACCACCCUGGGAGGCCCAGCCUUCCCACCCCGGCCAUCCUGAGUCUGGGCUGGGACUCAACCACCCUGGGAGGCCCACCCUUCCCACCCCGGCCAUCCUGAGUCUGGGCUGGGACUCAACCACCCUGGCAAGCCCAGCAUUCCCACCCCGGCCAUCCUGAGUCUGGGCUGGGACUCAACCACCCUGGGAAGUCCAGCCUUCCCACCCUGGCCAUCCUGAGUCUGGGCUCAGACCUCAACCGCCUUGGGAGGCCCAGCCUUCCCAUCCCGGCCAUCCUGAGUCUGGGCUCAGACCUCAACCACCCUGGCAAGCCCAGCCUUCCCAUCUGGGCCAUCCUGGAGCCUGGGCUGCCUUCGUGUCUUUGACCUUCCUGGCCUGGGAGAGGGGGAGGGUGGGGGGGCUCCUUUCUACCUCCGGGGCCCUGAGCCUCCAGCCUGUCUACCCCUGCGUGCCCCAGGUGGGAGGUGCUGGGUCCAGACGAGUAUCCUGCCAACUCUGACCGAUGGAUGUAUAGAUGCUGGGGGAGGCGUCUAGAGUCAGGUUUGAUGGCUACCCCAGCCGCCGCCUCCUGAGAUCCCUCCCUUUCUCCAAAGCAGAUCCAGCCAGAUAAGCCCUUCCCAUCCCUCAGUGCCCCUUCUGCCGCGGGCCUGUGCUCAGUCCCUCUGCCGCCUGCCAGGAGGGAAGGGAGGGCAUGGGCCCGAAGGCUGGCUCGGCUUCAGGCUGCCUGGCUGGAGGGGCUGCAGCCCAGAGCGGGCGGCUGCACGGAGGCCGGCAUCGUCUCCCCUCCCUCCUUGCCCUCCCGGCCCUGACUUCCCAGGAACAGUCUCUCCACAUCCCAGGAACAGUCUUCUGUCCUAAAGUUGACCCACAGUCUUCCCCCGGGGAGUGACUAGUGGGAGUCGAAGGGCAGGGGCCACGGACGGCCAGGGCUUGCCCAGCGUGCAGGGGCCUGGGUGGGAUUGGCGGUGAUGGUGCUUCCCCGACUCUCAAUGGCCUCCACCUCCUUCCUGCCCACACCGCCUUUCGGGUCCUCCUGGCUCUGGCCUAUGAAAUGACUCAUUUGUAAAUGAUCAUCAUUUUCUGCAUUAAAAUGGUCAUGUAUAGACCACGCCUGAGAGCCA